GGUUGUCAUUCUCGCCGACCUCAAUGCACGCGUUGGAUCUGACACCUCUGCAUUGUACAUCUGUAUUUGACUAAAGAUAACAUAUCACUGAUCGAAUUUUAAAAAUUGAAUUCCCGUUAUUUAAUUUAUACUACUCAUGGUGGCUAUGAUGAGUAUGAAAAGUACAUUACCACAUAGAGUAGAUUGUCUUCUGUUCUUGGUAAAAUGGGAUCAAAACUGUCAACACAACAUAACAUGGAAAGAAAUAAAAAGGAGGACAAAGCUGAUUUACAUCUUACUGAAAACCAAUGUGUAAUCUAUAAUAAAGAAGGACACACUGCCCCACAUACUGUUUCUAGACUUAGUGAAGAUGCUCAAUAUUCAGGACAUCUUAAAAUUCAGAAGUCAGGUGAUCUGCACAAGAGUCUUGCUCGCUGUUUGAAGAAUCCAGGUUAUAGUCACUUUAUACCAGUUGAUACAUUCACAUUAAAACAUUUACCUGAAGAAAAUAACUAUGAAUAUGAUUUGUAUGAAUAUAUCAAAGUUACAGCUGACCUGACAGUUAGAGUAGAUGCUAAAGCGACCAGUCAACACAGACCAGAGUUUUGGCCAGAGACAACUAAACCAUAUCCAUUUUAUAACAUGAGUGACAGAGGAACCAUGAGGACAGGAAGUCAGAGAAGAAACUUGAGGACAGGAAGUGGAAAAGUGUGUGGGGUAAUUAAAUAUCAUGGUAGAGUCACACAUGAUGAAGAUUAUAGACGAAUUCAACAUUUAAAGUGUUGGUGUAAAAAAUGUGAAGAUUCAGACUCACCUAGCAAUGUGUGGUGGGAGUUUGAUGUGGACACAGCCACACAUGUAGUUUUUGAUGACAUUGAGGCCAGUCAAACAACAUUAAGAUUGUUUUAUGAUAGAUAUAAUAGUUUAGAGGUCAUUGUUGAUAAGGUCAGUGUUCGUUUUGUCAGUAUUGAGCUAAACUGGUGUGCGUUGAGAUGUGUGACAUGUGAAAAAAAUGUAGGAAAAAAACUGAUGAAAAUGUAUAAACAUUUUCAAAAUGUGAAUUUGAAAUUAUGGUAUAAAUACGGAAACUCUAGACAAAUGUUUAAAUUUAUAGUAUCACAUCCUUAUGGAUGUUUUAAACAGGUAUGUGUUGGUCAAUGGAAGAACAAAGACAAGGUGAAUGGUAGAUCUAGCUUUAUUUAUACAACUUGUACAUGUCCCUUAAUUGAUGGAGCAGAUGUUAUGUUUUUAGGGUUAUUAAAGCCCUAUCUUGCGUAAUCGGGUAAAAAAAAAGCCGAAUGUGUACAAAUGAUUAUAUAAAAUGUUUUUUUUUUAUUUCCUACAAUUUUAUGUAUUUAUUGCUAUUUAAAUACUUUUAAUUAUAUUUUUUAAGCGGUCACUAAAGGUACAUUUUAGCUCAUUAAUUAUGAAAAAAAUAAAUUGAAAACAGCAUAAGUUUUUUUUACCAAUUUUUUUUAAUUUUUUUACUCAUCUGUUCACAAUAAAAAUACAAAAUAAUACAAUUUUUCAUUCCUGUUAUGUAUUUUUACUUAAUUAUCAUUGGUCAAUGUUUUUAUAAAGAGAACUAUAAAGCUUCCAGCCAAUCAAAAUACGAGUUACAAAAUGGCAUUGUUUAUUUCCAAAACAUUGUUACUAAUAUUUCCGGUAAUCCUUAGUGAUAGCAUCAAUAAUUUUUCUUUUCAGUAUUUAUAAUCUUAUCUUAUUAUUGUUCGACAUUGUAGACCCUAGAUGUCUAGAUUUAAUUUGAAAAAGUCAAAAGAAUACAUAAAUCAAGAUUUUAAUGCAUUAAAUCUAAAUCCUUCAGAUCUAGAUCUACUGAGUUUAUCUAGACAUAUAUAGAUCUAGAAUACCCUAUCUAGAAAUGUACAUCGACCUAGACUGUAGAACGUAGUUUGUCUGAGUCUCGUGGGCGUUUGAAUCUCUUCUCAUGGUCACAGUAUAGUCAAUAAAUACAUUAGGCACAGUAUUAGAUCUCUAGAUUUAUUACGAUUUUGACUUUGAUAAAUGUUUUCUGAUUCUACUUCAACUACUAGAUCUAGCUUCAACUCUUUCUUUCCGUUAAUAUUUUUCCAUAUUUCGAAGGAAUUCUUCAUUUGCUCAUUACUAUUUCACUACCCCUGUUAUAAUUGGGCUUCAAUAGCUUUGUUGUUUGUAAUCAGAAAAUGUUGUAUUUAGUAUAGAAUUAAAGGGAAAUGCAUGCUCUUUUUAUAUAAUUCAAAGUCAAGUUUAAAAAAUUAAACAUUAAUUUAAUUUAAUGAGGUCAAAAUCAACGAUGGUAUCGUCAAUUAGAAGAGAAAGAGUUAACUAGUCUAGAUCCAGAAGAUUUAUGAAGGAAUAGAAUAAUUGAUGGUCAUGGAAAUGUAUGUAGAACUAGAUUUAAAAGAUCAACUUUUAAUAUUGAACAACUUGGCUUCUUAUGGCUGUACAAUAAAUACUCGAGUCCUAUUAGUUCUCUAGAUCUAUUGUUUCAAUAACAUUGCCAUUUUCUAAAUCAACUUGUCUACAUCUAGUCACUCUAUGAUCAGUGUCUAAUAACAUAUAGAUUUAUUAGCAUAGAAUUAAUAAAGGACCUAAUAGCAUUGUUUUUUGUUAUGAACCAGACAAUAUAUAUUUAAAAUAACUGAAGAAUUAGCUCCUAAUUUAUUGUUGUAUGUAAUUGUUGUUAACAUGGUAUAAGCUUUGGGAAAUUAACAUUUGUGCUUUCAAUUUGCAUUAUGUGACAUUCAUGAAAAUAAAGGGUGUUGCUGCUUUUGAUAUGCCUCCACCACUGGGCACCAGUUUCUAUGGUUUGAGCAGCUGUCUUUAAAGUGAGAUUGUUAAACUUCCAAAUUUUGUUUUCAAUAAAUUAAAUUUUGUUUUGUUGAGAA